AUGGGCCCGGAGCCCCGGCGCGGCGGGAACGGCACCGCCCAGGCCGCGAGAGAAACAAGAGCAGAGGCCAAUUCUCCUUUUCAAGAGGAGGAGCACUCUGGAUCCCUGGGUGAGGUGGGGACCUUGAACCCUGAAGUUACUCUAUCUUUGGAGGGGACCUUGGACUUAGAGGACAUUCUCUACCUGGGGGACACAGGGGACUUUGAUGACACACUGUAUAUGGAAGAGAUUGAGAAGCCUGAGGAGAUGCUGUAUAUUGAGGAGACCAGGCAGCCAGAUGAGGCUCUGUACGUAGAAGAGCCUGUGAAGCCAGAGGAGACACUGUGUGUGCAAGAGCCUGUGAAGCCAUUGGAGACACUGUGUGUGCAAGAGCCUGUGAAGCCAGAGGAGACACUGUGUGUGCAAGAGCCUGUGAAGCCAGAGACACUGUAUGUACAAGAGCCUAUGAAGCCAGAACAGGCCAUAAACCCAGAUCAGAUGGUCUAUGGGGGUGAGACUGUCACGACCGAGGAGAAACCUAACCCUGAGGAGAGCCUCAGAGCUGGGCCUAGUCCCAGCACAGAGAGCCUGAGCAUAGAGGACCUGGAAUUGCUUGAGGGGCGUUUCCAGCAAUGUGUCCAAGCUGUGGCCCAGCUGGAAGAGGAGAGGGAUCAGCUCAUCCAUGAGCUUGUGUUGCUUCGGGAACCAGCCCUACAGGAGGUACAACAAGUACAUCAGGACAUCCUGGCUGCCUACAAACUACAGGCCCAAGCAGAGCUGGAGAGGGAUGGGAUAAGGGAGGAGAUCCGGCUGGUCAAGCAGAAGCUGUUCAAGGUGACAAAGGAAUGCGUGGCGUACCAAUACCAGCUGGAAUGCCGCCGGCAGGACGUGGCCCAGUUUGCCGAUUUCCGGGAAGUGCUGACUGCACGGGCAGCCCAGCUCUCCGAGGAACGGGCCCAGCUCCGGGAUGCCUAUCAGAAGCAGAAGGAACAGUUACGGCAACAACUAGAAGCACCUCCAAGCCAGAGGGAUGGACACUUUCUGCAGGAGAGCCGGCGGCUUUCUGCCCAAUUUGAGAACCUCAUGGCAGAGAGCCGCCAGGGCCUGGAGGAGGAGUAUGAGCCUCAGCUGCUGCGGCUCCUAGAGAGGAAAGAAGCCGCUGCCAAAGGUCUACAGAAAACCCAGGCCGAGAUCCAAGAGAUGAAGGAGGCUCUGAGACCCCUGCAAACAGAGGCCCAGCAGCUCCACCUGCAAAACAGGAACCUGGAGGACCAGAUCACACUUGUGAGGCAAAAACGAGAUGAGGAGGUGCAGCAGUACAGGGAACAACUAGAGGAAAUGGAAGAACGGAAGAGGCAGUUAAGAAGUGGGGUGCAACUCCAGCAACAGAAAAACAAAGAGAUGGAGCAGCUACGUAUCAGCCUUGCUGAAGAGCUCUCAACUUAUAAGGGCUGUCUAGAAGUGUACGGCCGAAUCUAUAACCCAGAAACAACCAAGAAACUUCUUAGCAAGGAUCACUAAGUGCCCUUUGGACAUACUUUUUUUUUUCAGAGAAAGGAGUGCCAGCGGUUUGGCAAGCAAUUUGCCCUGAGAAAGUUACAAAUACUGGCUGACCUGUUUAAAAAGAUUUUAGGGCUGGCUGGAGGCAGAACACCAUCAGUCCCUUAGCUGGAUUCUGUUUCAUAGGCUGCUGGUACUCAUUUCAAUGUACGGAGGAAUGAAAAAAUAACCCUCACAUGCACACCGAGUAAAGGAUGAAUGUAUGGACACACCUUGCAGUGAUCUGAAGAAUGUAUCUUGCCUUGCGUUGACCUACACUAAAGACAUUUUGUUGGAGCACAGGUGGGGGUCAAAAAGGCAGGCAAUUUUCAUUGUAUGGGUUUACAAUUUGAAUUCUUUUGUGCAACAAGUAUUGGACUUUAAAUGAAUCUUCUUACAACAUUUA